AUGUCGGGGCAUUCUUGUGGUUUGGCGUUCUCUGAUACUUCAAAGCUUCGAAUGACGAAGACUUUUAUCAAGAACAUUAUAAAAGACGAUAUUAGAGUUUCAGCUAAGCAGAAAUCGGUUGCUGACAUUCAAGAUUUGUUUUUCAGAGAGUAUCAAGUUGACCUAAGAUACCAUCAAGCAUAUCGUGGACUGAAACAUUGUAAAGAAUGUAUUUGGGGAGAUAAUAUCAAGUCGUAUUCUGACUUCUUGUGGUGUGAAGAAGCUGUGAAGCGUUAUAAUCUUGGAUGCGUCAUCAACUUUGAGUUUAAUGUUCAAAACCGGCAGUUUGAGAGGUUUUUUAUUUAUUUUGAAGCUUGCAUUACAGGGUUCAACAAGUAUUGCCGUCCUAUGCUGAUAAUAGAUGCUACGUUUCUUACUGGAAAGUUCAGAGGUGGUAUUAUGAUAGCUUGUGGGAAAACUGGCAACCAAGAGAUAUUUCCAGUUUCCUUUGGGAUUGUUUCUGGCGAAAAUAGUGAUAAUUGGCGCUGGUUUCUGGAAAAUUUGAAGGGAAUCGUUGAUGUUGAUCGUCCAUUGACCAUCAUAUCUGAUCGUGGAACUGAACUUUUGAACACCGUUCCUAAAAUAUUUUCGAAUGAUUUUCACUCAUAUUGCUCUGCUGUCACCAAGGAGCAAUUUUUGAAGGAAGUUUCAAGCAUGGUCAAUUUGAAGUUGUUCUCUGUUAUUGAGUGGAUGAACAAGAUCCCACUGAAGAACUGGUCUGCUCAUGAGUUUGAAGGGGAAAGGUUUGGAGAACUUACAUCCAAUGUAGUUGAAAGCUUUAACAGCUUUAUUAGGCACGAAAAGCGACUGAAAGCCAUCGAGUUAAUUGAAUGUAUUCGUGCUCGGACAAUGGAGACAAUGUGGAAGAGGAAGCUUGCAGCUAGCAACUGA